AAGAAUUGUACGGUAAGAAAAUGACACGUGGAUAAGGGAUUGAUUAAGCAUCAUCCACUCUCCCUGGAGCAUCUCGUGAGAGCUCUCUCCUCUUUGGAAGUUCCAAAGUCUUUGUAUUACGACUGAAGGUGAAGAAUGGCUUCCAUCUUCGCCGCGCCGUCGUUUCGACUCAAUCUCACUUCCCGCCCGAGUCUGAUUCACAGAGCCGCUCUUCCCUCCUCCAUCGAUGCCAUUCAAUUUCACUCGAACGCCUCUCCAUUUCCUUCUUUCAGGUAUAGGAACACCAGAGGAUUGGAAUUAAGGCAAAGAUCUUUUUCUAUAACAGCCUCAAAUUCCUCAGAUGGGAAUUCCAUCAAGGAGGAAAAUGGUUCGAGUAAAGCAAGUACCGAUGCCCAAGGUCCUCCAUUUCUUACCAUUUUGGCUGGAAUUUUUGUCUUUUCCCUUGUGCUCUGGAUAUUCAGUUCUGUUGUCACGUCGUUUUUAAGUCUAGUAGUCAAGCUGAUCUCAACAAAGUAGUGUGGCAUUAAUUGGCAUAAUUUCAUGUUACUAAGCUUAAAUCUGUGUGGUGUUCCUACUUCUAUCAAAACUCACUUUUUAGCCAAGUUUUAGCUUAAUUCUAGUGAAUAGUUUUUAUUUUCAUCUCA